UCCCUUUUUCUUAAAACAGAUGAAAAAUUUUCUGACAAUUUUUGGAUCAACUGAAAUUGGAUUAAUUGUUUCAACUGCUGAAAGCAGUUUUUUACUAAUUAUUUUUGUUAAUUGUGAUUAAAAACUAGUUUAAGAAUGGCUUUAGCUUCAAGAAAUGAAACUGAAGAUCAACAAAAGAUGAGAUUCCAAUUAGAACUUGAAUUUGUCCAAUGUUUUGCUAAUCCAAAUUACCUAAAUUUUCUUGCUCAACGUGGAUAUUUAAAGGAAAAAGCAUUCAUCAAUUAUCUAAACUAUUUAAAAUAUUGGAAAAGACCAGAGUAUUCAAAGUAUUUGAAGUAUCCCAUGUGUCUCUAUUUUCUAGAUCUUCUUCAAUAUGAACAUUUCCGUCGUGAACUAUCUUCAAGUGCUUGUACCACUUUUAUCGAGGAUCAACAACUUCUCCAUUGGCAAGGCUACAUUAGGAAAAGAAUGCGACUUUUACAAAAGACUGAUGAACCAACAUAAUUAAUCAUCUCCAAUUAUUAAUCAACAUUGAAGCAAAGAAACAGAGAACAUUUCAUAACUGCAAUACAUUUGUAAACUAAUCUCUCUCUCUCUCUCAUCAUCAAUUUAUAAAUCUUUUGUUUUGGUAAGAUCUUAUCAGCGAUUCUAUUCUUGAGGUUAUACUGUUUUUCCUGGACAAUCGUAAAUCUAUUCAAUAUCCUUAUUAUAUAUCGAGUGUUAAUCACGUAAAUCAAAAUCCAAGUUAUCAAGAUCUCAUUCUGCCUUUUAUAAUAAUCUAUUUGAAUCCACUACCAAAUAGAUUAAUUUAUUAAUUGCUGUGCACCACAAUUUUCAUUCCCUCCUAGUGUUUAAUUUUCUUUGUGUUUACCUCAACUUAAACUGCCAAGAUCUUAACCAACAAUUAACAAAAAUGAAAACAUCAAGAGUAAAACUAUUCCCUUUGCCCAAUUUUCACAAUUAAGAAAAUUUCAACAAACUCCCUUUAAACCAAUACUCUUAAAACAAUUAAAUUAAUCACAAUUGACAAAAAGAAAAUUUUUUUCCAAUUUUGAAGGAGAAACAAAAACAAAAAACGUUAAUUAAUCAUCUUCAAGUUAAUCAACUUACAUUGAGAAUAAAAAUUUUAUCUUCUACAA